GUAUUUCUCCCUACUGUUCUUCAUGCAAAACUGCAAAACCCUCAACCAGCUCAAACAAAUCCAUGCCCAUUUCCUCAAAUUCUAUCUCCCCCAGAGCCCCGCCUCCAUAGCUCCGCUUCUCUCCUUCGCCGUCGCCUCCAGGAACCCCGAUUUCUUCGCCUACGCCCGCUCUGUUUUUCGCAACCUUCGAUUCCGGAGCACGUUCUUGUACAACACCAUGAUCAGGGGAUACGUGCAGUGGGAUUCGCCGGUGCCCGCAGUUCUGUGUUUCAAGGAGAUGCUCAGCUGUAAGAUCAUUGUGAACAAUUAUACGUUCACACCCCUGAUCAAGGCGUGCUCUCUGGUUUUGGAUGACUUCAGGGGACUGGGAUUUUCGGUACAUGUUCAUGUUUUGAAGCUUGGGUUUUGCCGAGAUCGUUUCAUUGCCAGUGCGUUGAUUGAGUUCUACUCGCUGGCCCGUGAAAUGGCGAAUGCCGGGAUGGUGUUUGAUGAAAUUCCUGACAGAGAUGUGGUGAUGUGGACGGCCAUGGUUGAUGGGUAUGGGAAAGUUGGGCAGGUGAAGAAAGCCAGAGAACUGUUUGAGAAAAUGCCUGAGAGAAAUGUGAUCUCUUGGAGCACAAUGCUGGCGGCUUAUUUGCGGGUUAGUGAUUUUAAAGAAGUUUUGUUGAUGUACAUGAAAAUGGAAGAAGUUGGAAUAAGGCCUAACGAGGCGGUGCUUGUGAGUGCAGUCACGGCUUGUGCCCAUCUUGGCUCAUUAGAGCAAGGGUUAUGGAUUCACUCCAUGGCAAGGCAUUAUGGGUAUGAAUCAAACCUCAUCUUAGCCACUGCAUUAGUUGAUAUGUACUCAAAGUGUGGUAAAAUGGACUCUGCUUUAUCUGUCUUUCGAGGGAUUCCUCGUAAAGACAACGGGUCAUGGAAUGCGAUUCUAUCUGGUUUCGCAAUGAACGGAGAUGCAUCGAAAUCUCUACAACUCUUUGAUGAAAUGGUGUCAAGUGGGGCCCAACCGAACCAUACCACAUUCGUCUCCCUUCUUUCUGCCUGCACCCAUGCUAAGCUAGUCGACGAAGGUCUUCUAUUAUAUGACAAAAUGAGCAGCGUUUAUGGCGUAAAACCAAGAUUUGAGCACCACGCGUGCGUGGUAGACCUCUUAGCAAGGGCAGGUAAGCUAGAGGAAGCCGAGAAGUUCAUUGACGAGAAGAUGGGUGGGAUAGAAAAGGGUGACCCUAAUGUUUGGGGUGCAUUCUUGAGUGCUUGUAGGGUACACGGCAACGUUGAAGCUGGUGACAGAAUGUGGAGAAAACUGUGUAGUAUGAGGGUACCUGACUAUGGGACUCACAUGCUUUCAUACAUGAUGUAUAAGGAGGCUUGUUGGGAUGCUGAAGCCAGGAGUGUCAGGCAAUCGAUUCAGGACGCGGGAUUGAAAAAGGAACCCGGAUGCAGUGCUAUAGAGGUGUGAACAGAUGGCGCGGUUGAAGUGUUCUUCGCCAGCCAUCUGUUCAUCCCUAAAGCCUGCAAAAUAUCAUAAUACUUGUUUUUUUUGUGUCCCAAGUUGUGUAUAAGGAAUUGAUAUGAAUCAUUAUUCAUUGACACAACAAUUUGGAGGGUGAGAUUGUGUACCUUAAGACCCCAACUAACUAAAUUGGGUUUUGUUGG